GGGCUUGCUCCGAACCUACUUUCAGAUCCACUUUCCCGACAACUGUUAACUUCCAACCUCUACUGGGCGUACCUUCCUGGAUCUGCGCCUAAAUAUACACGACAAAUACCACAGUUUGGGGGUUGGUGAAACUCUUUGUCGUUUAUCCUGUGUUCUUGCCCUUUAAACGUGUAGUUUUGCUGUCUGCAGUCUUCUCUGCACCACUGGCAAUCUACUAGCCGAUAUCUGAUGCUUACAGGGACGCCAAGCUUAUCAGAACUAUGCCUCUUGCACACCAUGACGGGGGACGGAUGCUAUACGGACAUAAAUUGCCUUAGGGCCAAGGGCGUAUCAUAAAUCCGAAAAAUGCGAGUCCGAGUCAGUCAGCACCCCCAAGAGUUUCUCUUGACGGUGGACUAUCAUCAUGGACGUACAACCCCCUGCCAACCGAUAUCUCAGAGCUCUCCGCAACUCUCAUUUCAAUCAGCUGCUUAGACUGAGAAAGAAAGUACCAACCUAUGUCUGGUGCUCGCUCUUCACUGCACUCGGGGGCUUUUUGUGGGGUUAUGAUACUGGAAGCAUUGGACCCAUCUCUGUUAUGCCACAGUUCGAAGCUCAGUUUGGCGCACUUUCACCUACAGCACAAGGCCUCUUGGUCUCCUCCAUCCUUAUCGCCGCGUCGAUCGCGUCUUUGGUUGCAGGACCUUUGUCGGAUCGUAUUUCCCGGACACGUACCAUCGCUUUAGGUGGGGCCGUGUUUUCAGCAGGUUGUGCUAUUGCCUGUUCCGCGCAACAUCGCCCCCAGCUAUUUAUCGGGCGCUCCAUCGCAGGCGUCGGGCAAGGUCUAUUCAUUUCGAGUAUCACCGUCUAUGUUACAGAAAUAUCUCCUUCCGCUAGUCGUGGUCGACUAUCGACGUUCGUACAGUCAUUCAACACCAUCGGGAUCAUGACAGGUGAUUUCUCCUGGCGAUUUCCAUUGGCUCUUCAAGCUGUAGUGGCCAUCAUAUUGGCCGUUGGGACACCCUUUUUUCCGCACUCUCCUCGAUGGCUGAGGCAUGUGGGUCGACAUAGAGAUGCGGAGGAGGCCAAGCGGCGCCUUGGUAUUACUGGAACAAGCACCAUAGAUGACAAACCAAACUCCUCAGACACCGGCUCUAGUGGUCACUUCGCCCAGGAUUUAAAAAAUCUCUGGGGGAAGGGUAUCCUCAUGAGAACGAUAUUCUGUGUAUUCAUCAUGGCCAUGCAGCCGCUUUCGGGCAUUGACGCCGUACUUUACUAUGCCCCGACACUUUUCUCUCAGGCAGGACUAUCAUCGACAACAUCUUCUUUCCUCGCUUCUGGUGUCUCUGGUAUCGUAAUGGUUCUCGUUACCCUCUGUUCACAGUGGUUCCAAGACAAAUGGUCCCGUCGCACUCAGCAGAUUGGAGGAUCUGCUACAUGUGCUCUUGCCAUGCUUAUCAUUGGUACAAUCUACCUUUCCCACGCCAACAGCACCGAACCUGGAAGAACCGUCAUCAUCUGCUUCAUCUACAUUUUCGUCGCGGGAUUUGUCUCGAGCUGGGCCAUUGUCACCCGUAUAGUCUGCAACGAAGUCCAACCGACCAAAACACGUGCGGCAGUUUCUAGCCUAAGCCAGUGCGCCAAUUGGGUAGUGAACUGCGUGGUAGCGUUCUCAACACCGCUGUUCCUUAACCGCUCUAGUUGGGGUCCGUACUUUUUGUUUGGGGGGUGCUCCUUGCUGAACGCAGCGGUGUGCUUUGUGUUCCAACCGGAGACGAAGGGAUUGACUCUGGAGGCGAUUGAUAGUGGGUUGGACGAUACGCCGUUCCAGUCUGCGUUGAGACGCCCGAUUGGGAAUUUGCGCAAUCGUGAUAAUAAUGCUAAUGGGCCCAGCGACGAAAGCAACACAACUGCGAUUGAACUGGUAGAGGGCCCUCUUCAAUGAGAACCGAGGGUGGUAGUCGUAUGUUUUAAACUAGUAUGGUAGACGGUAUUACUUCGAAUUGCUUCUUCGACCCGUGGGUACCCAACAACGUCGACCACAUAUUGGCGUCGGACUGCGUUGACAGAAGCCACGUGGGCAGCAUAACAGAACCGCAACAAUAGUUGAUAUAGAUCAAAAAUGUUUCAUUGAUAUA